AUGCAAGCUUUUGAUAUUGCCUCUUUGAUCUCUCCGACAUCCCAGAAUUCGUCGUUCCUCAAUGCUAACCCCGCUCUGAUUUCGAAACAAUUCAAAGAUCUUCUGGAAGCCUGUAGUAGGGAGGAGGAUAACCCAGGGAAUCAGUCGACUUCUUCGACCAGUUCCGGUGAUGGGCAACAUGAAGACGACGAAAUUGGAAUGCAAAACUCUUCAAUUGGGCCGAUUCAUCGGAUGGACAACUCACCAUACGGAUUUGGAAAGUGUAAUGGUGAGUCUUAUUUACUAUACGGUAAUACUCGAAACACCAAUUUUUCAUGCUUGUUCUUCAUUGUUUGGCUUUGAUGACUUUAGUCAGUUUUCUCGGAGUAGUUGAGGAAUUCAAUACAUACUUCCUCGAGAUGAUAUAGGCAACCAGAGAGGUGGUCAAAAAAAGUCGUCUUUUUGGACACCAUUGUAAAUUUACGGCCCAAAAGAGAGCUUUAUUUCUGUAAGAAGAUUGCGCCUCCGCACUGCAGACUGGCUUUUGGAGUUUUUCCCAAGGAUCAUUAGGAUUUCGCUAAAUUACAACACUAGCUUCUCGGUGAUUACAGUAUUGUCAGAAAAUCUCUCAAGAGCUUUAAAACCCCUAAAUCUAUUUUUCUCCAAGUCUUUUUCGAAAUCAAUGUUUGACACUCGAACAAAUUCUAUUUGUAUUGAAAUUGAGAUUACUCCAGAAUCCACCGUACUUCUUCUGCUUUACCGUAGACCCAUUUAAUUAUCUUGAUUAAGCGCCUGCAUAAUAAAUAAUGCUUUCGUUUCUGGCCGUGCCCAAUUUUGGUUAUUUGGCAAUUAUUCGGUCCCGAGUAUUUUUUAUGAUCCCUCAGACAAAUUGACUCCCUUUUUUACGACUCCGGCAUUUUGUAAACCAUUCUUCUGACAGGUGCGGGAGACGCGGUUUACGAUGCUUUGUCAUUCCACGAAAUCUCCAUUAAUUAAUGAAAGCAUGCAAAGCUGAAAUAAACAUGACAAAUAGAGUUAUUUAAUUUAAAGAUUAGAAUAUUCAGAUCCAUCAGUUCGGCGUUAUCGGACGGCCUUUAGCCGAGAGCAAAUCGAUGUUUUGGAGAAGGAAUUUGCCCGGGAGAAUUAUGUGUCCAAGAUCAGAAGGAGCGAGCUCUCCCAUGAACUCAAAUUGCCGGAGGCCACGAUUAAGGUAAGCAGCAAAAUUUGUCCAACUUGCAGUACAAAGCGGCUUUAUUUCUGCGACUAGAGCUACCGUAAUCCAUCGUACUUGUGACGCCUUUAUCUGAGAAUUUAUCGGAAAUGAUAUCGGAUAUUAGAAAUGUUUUGAUUCAUGCGAGUUUUUAAUCCCCGUCCAAUUGACUUGGGAGAUAUUCGGAAAACACUGGUCCCACGUUCCGAUAAAUAAAUCUUGUACUCCAAAAGAUAUCCCCUGGGUGCCCGGAUUUGCGGAGUUUUUAUGCGGCAUUUAUUGGAAAGCUUUUUCAAUAUUCCAAAGUCGUCCGAGAUAUUAUUAGGAUACUGUAAGAAGAAAGUUUACUGUGUAAAAAUAUGUUACUAAAGUGGAAUUUGGAUACUUUCAGGUAUGGUUUCAAAACCGUCGAAUGAAGGACAAAAGACAAAGAAUGACUAUUGUAAAUUGGCCUCAAUUUGAGCAACUAAUGCUUCAAAAUCAACUGUAUAUGUAUGCAUGGAGACAAGGAUCAAUGAUGAAUCCAAACAUGGCAAAAGGAUUCCCAAACCAAGGGUAGGCAGACAAAUAUUAGCCUGAAAUACUGGUCGGACCUUACAUAUACUCAAAUUAAUGUUUCAGACCAAUGGUCAACCCGCUUUUAAAUCUCCCUCAAAUGUCUGGAUUCCCAAUUCCAUCGACGGAACAACCCCUUCCGUCCACUCAAAUCAUUGCACAGAAUAUGACUAUGUCAUCUCCGGAUGUCAAAGAGUUUGCGAAAGAGCCUGAGAAGCACGAAAACCCAGUUACACCGACUGAAACCAGUGUGCCAAAUAAGGAAGUCGAAGCAAGUGAAACGCCCUCAGAAUGUUCAAAAGAAUAA